CCUCUUAUCAUAGACAAUGGCUCCUCAAACCUACAUUUUGAAUUCGCCUCCCCCCACUCCUCUCCUAAUGUCAUCGCCAAGUACAAGGAGCGCAGGUUCGCUGUUACUUUUGGUAACGCAAUCGACGCGGAGAGCAGUGCGAAGAGCCAGGUCAAGACACCUCAGGAAGGGGAUGUGUUGUUGAAUUUCAAUGCAAUAGUACAUUUCCUGAAUUGCUGUCUGCCUCACUGA